AUGGCAUCAGUGUCAAGCUCUUCAAGUCGAUUAUCAGUCUCAACCCCAAGAAAAUUAGAUGAAUGGACAAAUGUUACCAAAACUGGUAUUGUUUUAUUCCCAUUUAAUGCAACACAUAAAUUUCAAUUACCAUUAUCAGUAGGAGAUUUUGUACAAAUUCAUGCACAAACAUCACAAGAACAAAUUGGAUGGUAUAGUGGUGUUUCAGUUACUACCCAAGAAAGUGGUAUCUUUCCUCAAUCAUUUGUUGUAAUUUUACCAGAACAAACUGAUAUUGAUGAUCCAUUAUCACUUCCAAAUCAUAUUCCAAUAUGUUCAAAAUUAACUUUAACAAAUGAUGAAAUGUCAAAUUCAUCAAUUGUAAAUGAAAUAACAUCAACAAUUGUAGAAUGGGCAACAUUAUUAAAGAUUUAUUCAACUGGUAAACAAUAUAAUGAAUUUAAAGUUUUAUCACAAAAGAUAUCACAAUUGGUUCAAUAUAGAAAUCAAAUUUUAUUAUAUAAAUCACCAAAAGAGAUUACCUAUGAUUUACGUGAUCGUAUUCUUUCGGUCAUUGAUGAAGGUAGAAGAGAUACAGGUAUGACUAUAGUUUUAAGAAAAGAGAUUCCAAAUACUUAUAGUUCAUUAGCAUGUCAACAAGCAUCUCAAAGAACCAGUAUAAAUAUACCACCAACGGUAGCAACUGAUUUGAUUUUAGCAGAUGCUGAAAAUUCAGGUGUUUUCACACUUUGUACAAUGUAUCAAGAAAAGAAAUUAGAAAUUGUAGCUCUAAAUAAUAGUUUUAGAGAUUCAUUUGAAUAUGAUUCUUUAGAAAUUAGUGGAGCUAAUUUAAAUAAUAGUUUAAAUAAUGUAAAUAGUAAUAACAAUAACAAUAUAAAUAAUUCAAAUAUAGCGGCCGCCGGAGGAUUACAAUCAUCCUUAUCGACAAAUAAUUUAUUAAAUGGAGCCAAUGUAAUAUUAUCACAAUCACCAUCACCAAUGAACUCAUCAUCAACUGCAACAUCAUUAUCACAACAACAAUCACCAAAUUCUUCAUCCAUUGGUCAAUCACCAAUUUCAUCAGGUCAAUCAUCACCAACCAAUUCAAGUUCAACUACAUUACCAGGUUCUUCACCUUCAAAUGGUAAUAAUAUAUUGGGUAGUUCAAUGAAUGGUGGUGGUGGUAUUGGUGGUGCUAAUGGUUCACCAUUAUCAAAUUCAAAUAAAGAUUUACAAUUUUCAUCAUCACAAUCACAAACAUCAAUACUUCAACAAACUCAAUCACAAUCUCAAUUAAUACAGCAACAACAACAACAAUCACAACAGCAACAACAACAACAACAACAACAACAACAACAAGUUCAAUAUUCAUCAUCACCGUCAUCUCAAUCUUCAUCAUCAUUUUCAUCAUCACCAGGUAAUUCCUCAUUUUUAUCAUCAAAAUUAAAUAAACAGGGUAGUUCAAAAAAUUUUUUAUCAAAUGUAUUAUUAAAGAGUAAAGGAUCAUCAUCAUCAACAUCAUCACUUUCAAUGAGUGGUGGUAUGUUACCACCAUCAAAUGGUUCACCAAAUGGUUUAAAUUCAAGCGGAGGAUUUUCAAAUCAUGGUAAUGGUCUAUCAAAUUCAAACAAUGGAAUUCAACCAUCCUCAUCAUCAUCAUCAUCUCCAUCAUCUUCAUCACCUUCCUCUUCUUCAAUGGUUAGCUCUUCAUAUGUGUCAGUAUCAGCUCAAUCACCAUCAUCAAUAUCUUCACCAAAUGUUAAUGGUGGUUUAAAUCAAUCAUUAUCAUCAUUAAAUUUAAAUUCACCAAUUUUAUCAAAUUCACCAAAUAAAAAAAUGCAAACUAUAAAAAUGAAAUCUAGACAAUAUUUAUUACAACAACAACAGAUUCAACAACAGCAACAACAACAACAAGGUGGAAAUAGUAAUAGCAGUGGUGGUAAUAGUAAUAAUAAUAAUAAUAAUGGUGAAAUGAUAACGAAAUUUAAUUCACAACUUUUAAUAUCAUUAAAUAAUUUCUUAUAUUCAUCUGGCGAUAAUAUUGAUAUUGUAUUAUCAAUUUAUAAUAGAUCAGAGAAUAAAUUCCUAUCAGAGAGUUAUUGUGGUAUUGUACCACCUCAUGGUAUUUUUGUUGAACCAGAGAAUCCAAAUGAAAGAAUUAGAACAAUCUUUAGAGAUUUAGAACUCAAGGAUUUAAAUUCCGAUUUAUAUUUAGUGGCUAAACUUUACAGAAAAACCAAUUCACUCUCAUCAAAGGAUCCAAAUUCAUCACCAACAUUAACUCGUUCAAAUGCAAAUAUGUCAAGUAGUUCAAAUUUAAAUAAUCUUGGUGGUCCAACUAAAUUGUUUAGAAAAUUUGUUGGUUGUGGUGUAAAGAGAUUAGAUCUUUCAAAUGAAGGUGUUAGUGAAUUAAUGAUUACAUUGAAUACCACUAGUAGUGAAAAUAAUUUUUAUAAUCUUCAUGAGCAAAUUAUAAAUGAACAAACUACAAUCUAUGAACCAAUUACUAGAGCUAAAGGUGUUGUUUUUACAGUUCAAUUAUUCACUGGUGAUUAUCAGCAAUUCCUUCAAGAGUUUCCAGAUUUUAGAAGUGUAACUACCUCUUUAAAAUUACAAUUACCAGAGGUGGUUUUACCUGGUGGUGAAAGAAAUGAUAUGUAUAUUCAAUUGGAGGAAGGGGAUUUCUCUGAUAAAAACAUUGAGGUACAAUUACAAGUUCGUACUGAAUCUGGUCAAAUCAUUCAUGAUGCAAUUAAAUUUGCAAAUGGUCAAUCAUCAACUAGUGAAUUUAAAACCCCACUUAUUCCAUCGGCACUUUGUAAAUGGAAUGAGAUUGUAAAGAUUUGGGUAACUGCAAAAACAUUUGAAAAAUCUCAUCUUUUCUUUUUAUUCAGACAAUGUUCAGAAAAGAAAGAUAAAGAGAGACAAACCAUUGGUUUCGGUUAUUUGAAAUUUAUGUCUGAUGAAGGUUCUAUCAUUAAGGAUCAACAAUAUACAAUAAAUGUCUAUAAAUCCAAUACCGAUGAUGUACCAGUUUCAAGUUAUAUCAAUGGUGGUGUUGUAGAUAAUGAGAAAUCAAGUAAAUCAACAAAGAAAUUAGAUUCAAUUAAAGUUAGAACCACUUUUGUAUCAAAUUGUUUAACUCAAAAUCCUUCGGUUGUGAAUUUAUCAAGAUGGCAACAAUAUGGUGGCGAUUUGUCAUCGUUGAUUAAGGAUAUCACUUUCUUAAAUUCUCAAGAUCUUGUACGUAAUCUUCAAGAGAUCUUUUAUAAUUUCCUCUCAAUUUUAGAUCAACAAUUGAAUGAUUCACCCCUAUCGAUGGAGAUUUUCCGUGCAAUCGUUUUCAUCAUUGGUGUAUUGGUCGAGAGUAGGACUUCAAAUUAUCGUCCAGCUUUAGAUCUUUACGCUUCAAAAUAUUUUGGUACACCAUUAUCAAGCUCAAAUAACAAACAAGACUCUUUCACUGGUAUCACUGCACAUACUCAUUUACUUCGUUCCGUUGUAAAGAAUUUAGAAAACUUUGAAAUACCUGCAAACGCUUCAAAAAUUAGUUCAUCUUUGAAAGCUUUGGAAUAUAUUUUCAAGUUGGUAGUUGCUUCAAAAACUAAAUUCACUGCAAAUAAAAUGGAUACUUUGGGUGGAAGCAAUAAUGAAUCCUAUCAAACCAAUCUAAAGAGUGUAGUCGAUAUACUUUGCGAGAUUAUGUUAAGUGGUUCACCAUCUUUAAUCGGUGCUAAAACUAUAGCUUUAAAAAAUUUCGAAUCAAUGUUUACAGAUUUAAAGAAAUUCUUUACAGUUGAAGAAAUGGGUAUUAUAGCUUUGAAAUUCAUGAAAUCCAUUCAACAUGAUGAAAAGAAGAAAACUUUUUCAAUCUUAAAAUUGAAAUUACUCUCCUCCUAUAUCAAUGGUCCAAUGAUGUUAUGUAAAGAAACUAGAAAACAAUUAUUACCAUUGGUUUUCCAAUUAUUACAUUUCCAUUUUAGUAAAUCAAGUGAAGAAACUGAUAUGUGUUUAAUGAUCUUGGGUUUAAUCGUUGAUAUUAUGAUUACUAAAUCUGAAUUACGUGGUAAAGAUAAAGAUCCUUGGUUAAUGGAAAUGUUACAUUUCUUUGUACCAAUUUUAGAAUUAUUACAAUUAUUAAAUAAUGGUAAUAAUAUUAAUAAUUUAACUACUACAAAUAAUACAACCACCACCACCACUACUACUACUACUACUACUACUACAACAACUACUACCACUACUACAACUACAAAUUCAACAGUUGAUGAAAAACGUAAAAGUUUAUCAUCAAUUACAUCACAAUUAUCAAUAAUGAUUUCAACAAUGAAUGAAGAAAAUCAAAAUAAUUUACGUAUUAAAAUUUAUGCAUUCAUUUUAGGUACUGCUAGAUUAAGUGGUGUUCAACAUUGGGAGAUGGUUAAUAAAUCAGUUACACAAUUAAACAAAAACUUUUUCAUUAAUCUUUAUGAUAGUUUACAAUUAAUUUUUGAAUCACCAAAAUUCCCAUCUGAUUUUUGGACAUUUACAGUUUUCCAAUUAAAAACAAUUCUUAGAAUGACUCGUAUUUUAGAAGAUGUAAUAUUUUAUUUACCUUCAAAUGUUGUACCAGCUGCAACUGCAACUGCAACUUCAACUUUAACAAAUAAUAAUAACAAUAGCAAUAAUAAUAAUAGUAUUACCAUCACUAAUAAUAAUAAUAAUAAUAAUAAUAAUAAUAAUAAUAAUAAUGAUAUUGGUUCAAGUGCAAAUACUGGUGGUAGUGGUAAUAGUUUAAUUAAUCAAAGUCAAUUUGAAUUUACUCAAUGGAGAUCAUUCUUUUUAUUGACAAGUUCAUAUUUAAAUUGUAAAGAUUUACAAUUUGAAUCUGUUAAUCCAGCAAAAGCAGUAUUUAUUAAAACUAGAUGUGGUGAUGUUAGAAUUGAAAUGGCAAGAGUAUUUGAAAGAGUUUGGGCAACAGUACCAAUUAAAGAAAGAUCAACCUUUAUACCAGUGCUAAUUGGACCAAUUGUAAAAUUAUCAAUUAGUGAUACUAUGGAUGCAAAACGUGUAGCAACUAAAAUCUUUUAUGAUAUGUUAGAGAGUGAAAUCAUUCAAACCAAUGGUUACACUGAUUUAUUCUAUCAUACUAUCGAUUCAUUAUUGGAGAUUUCAACUGAACGUUUGAAUAGAAAAGGUUGGCCAAUAGUUUGUCGUAGUGUAGAUGGUAAGCUACCAUUUACCCUAAGAUCAUUCUCAACCUUUUUCAAUGUUAAAUGUAUGUCUUUGGUUUUAAAUAAAUCAACCGAUGCUAUCAAGACCAAAUCAGAACAAUUCAUUCAUGAUAUCAACCAUUUCCUUUAUUUAAUCACCUCCUUUAUGAAUGAUGUAAAGAGUGGCGAUGAAGAAGAGAUCUUUUCAUCAGUUUCAAAAUUAUUAUAUUAUCUUCAAGAACAUAAACGUACCGCUCAUUUCAUUAGAUUCGUUCAUAUGACAAGUAGAAGACAUUACGAAAUGGGUAACUAUAUUGAGGCGGCCGUGACUCUUAUGUUACAUGCUUCACUCUACCAAUGGGAUGCCAAUAAAGUAAUUGCUCAAACUGCCUCAGAAUAUGGUUCUUUCCCUGAACAAAAAGAAUCUGAACGUAAAGAAUUACUCUAUAAGGAGAUAUUGUUAUGUUUUAAUAAUGGUAAGGCAUGGGAUAGAGCAAUUCCAUUGGUUAAAGAGUUGGUUCAUCAUUUCACUAUGAACAUUUGUGAUAUGAACUCCGCUGCUACUUAUCUUCGUCAACAAGGUGCUUUCUAUCAAAAAAUCAAUGAAUCUGCCGAUCCAGUUUUCGAGGAUUAUUUCAGAGUAGGUUAUUAUGGUAAAGGUUUCCCAAGUUCAAUUCAAAAUAAAGAAUUCAUCUACAAGGGUAAUCAAUUUGAUCGUUUAUCUGAUUUCAUUUCAAAGAUUCAAGAUAAAUGGCCAAAAUCUGAGCUACUUAAAACCACUGAGGUUCCUUCUCAACAAAUUCAAGAUUCCGAUGGUCAAUAUCUUUUAAUCACCUCUGUAAACAUUUCAAACAUUGGUGAAACACAAAAACGUCAUGAUAGUGCAAACGCUGAAUCUAUCACCAACAAGAAACGUGUACCACAUCGUGUUCAACAAUUUAAUGCUCGUAAUAAGGUCAAUGUCUUUGUUUAUAGUAAACCUUUCAAAAAGAAUGCCACUGCCACUAAAUCUCAAAAUGAAUUUGAAGAUCUUUGGGUAAUGAACCUAUACUUUGUUUGUGAAAAUUCUUUCCCUUGUACAGAACGUCGUUGUUUAAUCGUCGAACGUAAACAAGUUGAAAUCUCACCCAUUGAAAAUGCCCUCAACUCAAUCGUUCAAAAGAAUGAUGAAUUGGCCGCUAGAAUCGAUAGACAUCAAGCAAACACUCAAGAAUCCAUUAGUCCUUUAACAAUGUUAUUAAAUGGUAUUAUCGAUGCCUCUGUAAAUGGUGGUGUUAGUCGUUACGAAACCUUUAUGAGUGAAGAUUAUCUCAAACAAAAUCCAGAAUAUAAAAAUAUUGCUGAACUCUUAAAAUCUGCUCUUGAUCAACAGUUAGUUAUUGUUGAACAAGGCUUAAAACUUCAUUCUCAAUUACGUCCACCUGAAAUGGCUGCUAUGCAAGAUAAAUUAGAAACUUUCUUUAUAACAAUGAAAAAUUCAAGACAAAAAUUAAAUUAA